UAAUGGAAUAAUAUGAAAAAUAUCAACUGUUUUUAAGAUUAACUAAUAAGAAAGAGACUACAAAAAAUAAUGAGACUCUAAAUUCAUCAUGUAAAAAACAGCAUCCAACAGUUUUAAAUGGAAAGAGAAAUCCUAACAAUGAGGCUUAUAAAAAACUACAUUAGAGUUCUGAAAUUUUUAAAGAAAAUACUACACCAAUCAAGAAUGAAGUAACCAAACCAAAAAAUUAUGCUACAGAGAGAAAGUCACUUGAAGAUUCAAAUACAAAAAGAACUUUGAUUCCAAGCUUAGAUAAAUAUCAAUCACCAGAAAGAAGAUGUUCAUCAAAUAUUAGAUAUAAUGCUAAUACUGAAAGUUCAUAAAAAGAAUCUAAAAGAAUUUUAAAGUAUGUUAAAUUCAUAAAUUUAGAACUUGUGAAUAAAGACAGCAAGACUUCUCUCAUCGUAUUAACUUACCAAUUAGUGCUGUAUUAUUAUUAAGUUACUAUAUUAGAUGCAAGUAAAAGAUUAUAAAGAAGAUAAUUAUGGUUUAGGUAAAUACAAAUCACAUGAGUCAACUUAAAAACUUAAAAGUUAUCUUGAUCUUUAAGGUCAUCUUAAUAACUGUAAUUAUAUAUAUAUAUAAAUUCAGAAUCAUUUUAGAGUUAAACUGAUAGAUUAUUUAAGAGUCAGACAAAAAAUUAAAAAAAUCUCUUAUCAUCUUAUUAAAUAUGUAAAACUUAAUCAGAAAUAAAAAAUGGAAAGAAGAGAUUUAUAUAAAGUGCUAUGUCAUAAUAGUUGUCACCACCUGAAAAUCAAAUAAAAUCAAAAGAUAUCAAUAAAGUAUUUCUUAAGAGUUCUAAAGAAGUUUGGGACAAUUAAGUAAGUUUAAUAUAUUAAUUAUAUAGCAAUCUUAAUCAAAAGCAAUAGUGAAAAUGAAACAUGCCUAUUAAUAAAAGAGUUAAAUCGAUUUAAGAUGA